AUGAAGCUACGUCUCAUACAUUUGUUCAUUCUACUAUUUUCUGCAUUCACUAAUGCUGACAUUUUCAAUUUCAAGCCAAACUACUAUCAUAUUGGCGACCACGUCGAUCUUCUAUUCAAUAAAGUUGAAUCUGACAAGACGCAACUCCCCUUUGCCUACUUCUCGCUCCCGUUUGUUUGUCCUCCCGUAAAUAACGCCAAGCCGGUUCAUUUAUCGUUGGGAGAGAUUUUACGUGGUGAUCGUAUUUGGCAAAGUGGCUACGACUUGAAGUUUGGUGUUGAUGAGCCGUGUUUGCGGCUAUGCGAUUUACUAGCUAGUCAGUCUGGUAUCAGACGUGCUUCUAAUUUGAUUAAAGAUGGGUAUGUUGUUCAUUGGACAAUUGAUGAUCUACCUGGAGCCACCACUUUUGAAACCAAUAGUCAUAGGAGAAAGUAUUAUGCUGCUGGGUUUCCUAUGGGGUUCGUUGAUGAAAAAACUGAUAUCAGUUACUUGUACAAUCAUGUGAUGUUGGUGAUUAGGUACCAUCAAGAACAAGACCCUUCAAAGUACACUAUUGUUGGUUUCGAAGUGUAUCCCAAAAGCGUCAUUGAUGAGAAUUGCCCAACAAGUAAAGACUAUCAAAAUUUCCCCUUGAUUUAUAAAGCUGAUGAACGGGGUGAAUUGAGUACUGAAAAGACUAGGAUUCCUUAUACGUAUUCUGUGUAUUGGCGAGAGGAUUCAUCGAUUGAUUAUGAUUCGAGAUGGGAUUUGUACUAUGAAAAUGAGUCCGGAGAUAGUCUGCUGAAGAUUCAUUGGAUCUCGUUUGUAAAUUCAACGGUGUUGAUCUUUUUGGCCUCGUUGAUUGUGAUGAUUGUGAUGAUACAAGUCUUGAAGAAGGAUAUACGGCAACAAGCUCCUAAGUUGCCCCUCAGCGAUAGUGCUAUUGCUGCGGGUGAAGUAGGAGCGGCCUCUGACCAUGUUUCAACUACUGGAGGCGGAUGGAAGAAUUUGGCCAACGAAGUCAAUGCUAUCCCAAAUGCUGAAUUGUUGUUGACUACAUUAGUCCUGGGCGGUGUACAAACGUUGAUUGCCAUUGUUGGGGUCAUUGCUAUUACCAGUCUCAACUCGAUCAAAUCAAAGCACUACUUUUUCAAUAAUCAUCAAGGAGCAAUAUUUUCAUUUGGUAUAUUUUGUUUUAUGGGGUCAGGUUUAGUUUCAUCGUCCUUGGGACUUAUAUUACACAAGAUGUUCCGCAAGGAAACUAAUAUGCGUUACGAUAUCUGGCAAACAUUGAUCUUAUCGCUAAUGUUUAGUGCUGUGUUGCCUGCUUUUUUAUUUUUGUUGAUGUUCAUCUUGAACUUCUUUGUUUGGGCUCAAGAUUCAUCUACUGCAUUGCCAUUUGGAACCAUUGUUGUGUUUGUGUUGCUAUUUAUUUUGAUUCAGUGUCCAUUGGGUGUAAUUGGAGGUGUUUAUGGUAACAACUACAAGUUUAACCCAAAGAACUUUUUGUCAAAUGGCGACGAUGAAAAAAGGCAAGGUCGUUCACAUAGAAAAGGGGCAAGGUUGCACAAACAGUUGGCGUCGUAUUUAAAGAGUGUCCUUACCCACGGGUUGAUCCCAUUUGGAAUUGUCUAUGUCGAACUUUUAUUUGUCUUCAAUUCCGUAUGGUUGGAAAAGACAACCUUUUAUUACAUGUACGGGUUCUUGUUUGUCACUACUGUAAUGUUGAUCAUAAUCAUAGUGGAGUUGACAAUUGUCCUGAUUUAUGUAUCAUUGGUCUAUUACAAUGAUGCCAAUUGGACUUGGUUAUCAUUCAAAGUGGGGUCGAGUAUUGGCUGGUACAUUUAUGCAUAUUCAAUCUAUUACUUCAUUACUGUGUUAAACAUCGACGAUUUUGUCAGUUCAUUGUUAUUCUUUAGUUACAUGGGGUUGGCAUGUUUCAUUAUUGGUAUUGCCUGUGGUGCAGUUGGAGUGUUGACGGGACUAGUGUUUAUCAGAAAGAUCUAUAGCGCAGUUAAACUAGAAUAA